AUGGAUGAACUGAAUCCUCGUGGUGCUGGCGAUAGUGGUGCUGGUGGUGGUUAUGGUUAUGGCGGCGGCAGCGGUUAUGGUCUGGAACGUACGGAACCUCGUUAUUUGGCAAGUAGUGGAAGAGCAGCUGCAGCAGCUGCUCCUGGCAGCGGCAGAUCUGGAGCUUGGUGGAGAAACAGUGCUGGUGUCAAUGAUUAUGGCAAUUUUUUCUGA